AUGAGGAUAGAAGGAGAAAAAGGUGUGAAAACACAAUCCGCGCCAAACCAUUGGCCGCGGACGCGCAAAGAAAUUUGGCCGAGCAAAUUCCAACCGGGCCGACCGUACCGGUCGAGCCGGGAAGGAACGGCUCUGCUCGGCCGGACGAACUUAGCGCGACAAAACCGUCCGCGCAGACGCACGACAGAAGGGAACAGGCCGCUCGGCCGGAUUUGUAUCGGAACGGACCGACCGUACGGUCGAUCCGGGAACAAACGAUCGGCCUCGGCCGAUUUCUCGUCCAAACAGUUUGGCCGACCAAAUCGCUCGACCGCGACAAAAAUCCAUCGGCCAUCGGCCCAAACUUUUCGGCCAAGGUAA